AUGUGCAGGUUUGGAACUAAUAUUCGUAUUUUUUUGAGCCCUUCAUUACAGUGGCUGUUCAAAAUGACAAUUUAUAACUUCUACAUAUUCAAUCGCCUCGGAACCUGCAUUUAUUACAAGGAGUGGAAGCGUGUGAAACAGGCUGGGAUGCAAAGAGACGAGGAGUUCAAACUGAUGCACGGUAUGCUUGUCUCUUUGAGGUCAUUUUCGUCCAGACUCUCCACAAGAAAUGGCUAUACCUGUGUUAUCUACCCAGCUAAUUAUGUUCCAUCACUCAAGUUUUUAAUGCGCUUCAGUCAGUUGCUGACUGCACUCGCCUUUUUUAUUCUACUUUGUAGGCAACAGCAGUUAAGGAGUUAUGAGACUAGUCAGUACAAGAUGAAUUACCUAGAAACACCAACUGGUCUAAAAAUGGUCCUAAACACUGACCCAGCAGCAAGUGGUGUAGCAGAAUUGAUGAAGACUAUUUAUCAGAUCUAUGUUGACACAGUGGUGAGGAAUCCGUUGAUCAACCCUUCCGCCGAGCUUAAAAGUCAACUCUUCGACGACUACAUCACGGAUCUCAUUCAGAAACAUCAUUCUUUUUGA